CUUGCCCGUAUGUGGGCUUUGUACCGAGGAUGUCGUUGUGGCUUGUGCAGCCCUUUGAGACACUUGUGAUUUAGGGCUAUAUAAAUAAAGAUUGAUUGAUUGAUUGAUUGAUAUUAACAACAUAGCCAUUAUCUACCAAAAUGUAUUGCACAUAUAUUUCAACACAGAUAGAAUGUAAAGCUACAGAUAUAUUUCAUUGUAACAUUAGUAAAAGUAGAGAAAGUCAGUGUUACCUCCCCGUAAUAUAGGUUUCUGUUUCAACAGAAGCGUAUCUUACAGAGAAGGCUCCGACACUGUUAUCCACACAGUGUGAUAAUAAUUUGGUCCCUCGACAGGCUACUGUUGUGUCUCCUGACUUCUCCUGAUGUGAAAAUCAUACAGAAGAGUUUAUCUAUGUACAGUAAUUCUACUGCCUAAUCUGACACUGAAAAUCAUCAACUUUAUUUUCAUGUAAUGCAUUUUUCAGUGUCGCUAUUAUCAAACAAUAUGGCCUCCAAAUCAUCUGAUAGUAAUAGUAGCAGCAGCAGCAUCAAUUGGGACUUGUGUUGUCUCUGCCAAUUACAGUCUGAUGACCCCUUACAAACACCCAAAAGCGAAGGACUUUUGUCGCUAGAAAAGGAUCUCAAAGAUUUCAUUGAAAUUGCGAAUGCUAUACCUUCAUGUAUAAAUGUCACAAUUGAUCAAUUGAAUGAUGGUUCAGGUAUCGCAUCAACACUUGUAUUAAAUAAGGCCAAAUACCACAAACACUGCAGAAGAUACUGUAGUAGUUCUUGUGUUAAAAGGGCUCGAAAGCAUGAGGAUCAUGCUGUCCCCUCCUUAUUAAAUCCUAAAAAGCUUCGAUGAAGUCAUCCCCAAACCAGUGGUAUUCAUUGUGUGAUAUGUGAAGGGGAGGAUACGAAAGAUCUGCACAAGGCAUUAACAAAUAAUGUUAAUCCCAAAAUGAAAAGCUGGGCAGAAUCUAGUAAAGAUUUUAAACUUCUUGGGAGAUUAGUUACUCAAGCGUCUGAUGAGCAUGCAGCAGAUGUGUACACUCUUAGAAAUAAGGGUUCCAAAAGGGUUCUUCUACAAGGGCUGAGGUUCUAACUGGAACCAUUUGCUUCUGAAAAACCCUUUCCCGAAGAAAGAGUUUUUCAAGGGUUCUUGGUAACGCUAAUGGUUCCAGUAAGAACCAUUUUGAUCCAGAGAACCCUUUACAACCCCUUUUCUGAAUAAUUGGUUUUAAAAGGGUUCUCACUAACACUAAGGGUUCCAGUAAGAACUAUUUUGAUCCAGAGAACCGUUUUUGGAAGAAAUAGUUCUUCAGGGAUUGUUGAAAGCAUGGAUAAGAUCCUGUGUCACCAGGGACAUACUUCCUGAUAACAUUUGCCAAUAAUGGUGCAAAAUACAUUUCCUUGUGACUACUGAUACAAAUACUUUUCAUAUACAAUUUUUUUGUUUAUUUUAAGGCAAACUCUUCUUCCCCAGAUCCUGUUGAUCAAACUGUAACAUAAUUGCCCAUCUUGGGAUUUGAACACCUGCCACCCAGUCUAAAGUCACUGGCAAUAGUGACUGAGCUAACCAGCUGGCUUCCUUCAGUCAUCAGGUCCACCAUACUAGUCUAUUACCUUACACCUUCUGAUCAGACAUACAAAUAAUGGCAGUCCUAUAACUGAAAUGUUCUGUUACCAAUUUAUUUCCACAACCAUUAAUUAAAAGAAAGCAAGAUCUUCAUCAGCAAAUCUUGUUGACUCAGGCAAAGAUUAGCUGUGACUGGGAGGACCAUUUUUGAAAUCUGCAUUGACAACUACUGUCUGGCUGGUGAUUCCGUUUGAGAAAUAGCUCAGUGAUUUAGGAGCUGGUUCUUGGUGCUAAAGAACCUUGUUCAAGCCCUGACAAAGGUGGUGAUGACAGCUCAUGAAAAUGCCAGAUGGUCUUUGUGAAGCAAACAUAUACAUUUUAGAGUCAUGAUAGAUUAAACAUCAGUUAUUAACUUAUGGAGCAAAUCGAAUCAAUUAAAAAAUCAAAUUACCAAUAUCUCCAUUCUGUCUAGAUGCAAUUUGUGUAUUUUCAGAUUUUUGUCUUGAUAACUGAUGUAUUUACAGUGGUUUCAAAUCUGCAUGCACAACAGUGAAUGGCUUAAUCAAUUUGUGAAGCCACUGUUGAAUUGUCACUUGCCAAUUAGCACAGCAUGAUAGACCACAGUCUUUGGUUCUAUUGUUGUGGAUUUUAGCCUCAACUGGUGCAAAAGGAACAUUAUAAUGUCAACUGUCUUGCCUUCCUGUUCUCCUGUUUGUUGCUCAGAAUUGCCUUAAUUUGCCAAAAAUCCCCCGGACCCGACCCAUCGCUGCGCAGCAGUUAUAAUUGUGUUUAUUUAGUUUAGUUACACUACUCCCUUCUUCAGGAGGAAAUGACACACAGCAAAGAACUAGCAAGGUGGUCCCUGCAGCAAGAAUAUAACCCCUCUUUCUGGGGCAUCUAAGUGAGCUAUACGACUCACUGGACAAAGGCUUUUGAAAGUUUGUUACAAGUCAGGUGAUCUAGGGAUACAGUUUGAAGUUGUGAGUUCAAGGCCUGGUUGAUGCAGAGUGACCAUGUUAAUGCAUACUGAGGUGAUGUGUGGAUUAGUGACAGACAAUUAAAAAAAUAUUAAACACUUAUUUUACAGACAAUUUUACUCAUGUAUUUGCCUCCUCCUCAUACUUUUCCAUGAUCGGCCUCAUCCCAUGGCUGCUGUACCCUGCUGACUGGCUUAGUCGAGUUGUGAAGCUGCACAUAAGUUCAUUGAUAGACAACGGUCUUUGAUGUCAGAGGCCAAGCCUUAACUGAUGCAAAAAUCACACUGUAAUGCUGACUUUUAGGCUACUACAUGAGGGUUUGCUGAUGCUGGGAAUUGAACCCUGAUCUCCCAGGGGAAAGGGCAAGGUUUGGUGUGUUGGGCCAGGGAGCUGGCAUGAUGGUAGCUGUCAUGUGUGAGUUAAGAGCUGGUUGCCCCAUGGAUUGCACCACAUGGUCUGGUCUUCCCUGCCUACAAACCAGGUGUGACAUACCAAUAGUGAUUACUGCGAACAGAACAGAACAAAGAAGAACAGGAGAGAGAACAGAAGAAACUUCCGAGAAUCAAGGUGAGCUAAAUAUAAUAUCUUAUUUCAGCAUGCUUGACCCUAGCUGAGGACUUUUAUGGUAAAAGGUGGACUAAGCAUUUGUUUCUUGUUAUGUUUUGUUCGUUUGCUUAUUUUCUUGUAGAAAACAAACAAACAAAUUGUAUUGUGGUCAAACAAUACAAUACCUGACAAAGCUCUGCUGAGAGCUGCCAUAACAAAAUAUGUUACAAUAUAUCUGUAUAUUAAUCUUAAAUCAUCCUAAAAAGGUUGUCGUAGUUGUUAUUUUAAUGAAAUAUUAUAGUAUAAAUUGUCAAUGUUAGAAGGAGCUUUAACGUUGUCGGUAGUGGCGUUGCGGUCGCCAUCCAGCUCGUCUUUGGAGGGAUGGGUGGGCUGGUGAGCACCAUGGAUCUAAUACAUCCAUGUUGAGCCCACACUAAUGUGCGGGUAGGAGGAGCAGGGAGACUGGGCUUGAGCUUGGUCUCCAACAUAGUGGUAGCAGAAAGAUAACACAAGACGAAGGUUACAGAGAGGAUGAUUCUUCCAUAUUAUAUAACUUUUUAAAAAACAUGUACACCUCAUCUUAAUGGUUACCUCUUACUAUAUUGCUUGUCAUUUGUCUUGAAUGCAUAUAGGCUCAGGAGAGUGAAGAAUGUAGAGAGGAUGAAAGGAGCAUUGAAGCUCAUAUCAAUGAAAUGUCUACAAAGAUGCUUAAGGUACACCCAGAUCUGAACUCUUUAAAGGAGAGAAUGAGACGAACCUAUGCAUACUGAAAGACCUUCAUGGCAACUGCCAAGGCAGAGGAAAUCAUCGAAAAGAUUCCUGCACUGAAGCUUCCUAAAAUACUUCUGUGGGAGAUGAAGGAGCAAUUCCUUGUAGAAGCUGAUCGCAGAAUGGUCACAGAGCUGGAUCGAAUGGCAACGACGAUGGUUCAAAGAGCAUCUAUGUGUGACAUAAAGGACUGCUGCCAGAGGGCAAUCAAUGCCUGCCUGGAUGAUUCAGUAAGACAAGGACUCAUUAGGGAUGCAGCAAUUCUACUGCUGCCUUCCAUUUUCAGAGAGGACUCAUCCUUUCUAUACACUCUACUGGAGGAGCCAAGCGUGCCUACUCCAGCAAUCAUGCUCCAUAACACACACGAGGGGAACCCUUUGCAGGCACAAAGGAUAACCCUAUACCUGGAUGGUAUACAGGUUUUGACUGAGGACAGCAGCAUGGACAUAUCAUAUGCUAUGAGUGCAUUAAUGUCACUCUAUAUUGUUUUUGCUGUCCAGUACCCAAAGGAACUGAGAAAAACUCUUAUUUUCAUUGAAAGAUUUGUGUUGGGGAUCAAGGACCACAGUGUUGUACCCAUUUCAGUGAAGAGACUAUACAACUGUGUCGGAAGUGGGGAGUAGUGAGUAGAGGUGUUGCAUGGGAUUUCAUGCUUUAUGUUCUUGUUAAUGGUCAAAUUCCUGCUGCUGCCCUUUGUUUGUACAUAUUGAUAAAAACAAUAUCCCUUAUUUAAUACAUAUUUUGGACCAAUACAUUUUGUUUGAUUUUGGCAUAGUGACGUCUCUAGAUUUCCAUUAUUGUUACAAUACGUAACAUUUUGAGUACUUGUUACAUAACACUGAAAAGUAUUUCAACUAUAUUUAAAUCAAUGUGACAACUUUGUGGGAUUCCCUCACUUUCUCAUGAUUCUGUUCCACUGUCACAAUUAGUACAUACAGUAUGUACACUGAUUCUUUUCAUUGGACCAUGCAUUAUUUUAUUGUUUGUAGAUAGCUUACAAUAAGGCGCAGUAAAUGCAGUAAGUGCACUUUGGAUUGAUUGAACUAAAACAAUUGUGUGUCCCUUUCUGCCAUGUCACCAUUGCUGGAGAUUUAUUUACACAAAUUCACCUACUGAGGACAGCAUGAUGUGUCUGGCCUGUCAUGUUGCUGAUUCCACUGGACUUAUGCUGACUUUUGACCUGUUCUCCCCUGGGACCUACACAGCCUCUCCUGUUUUGUUGGACUAUCUUUAAAUAAAUGUUUUUCUCAUUAAAAUGUUUUGAAUGUUUGUUCAAUGUCAACAUGAUAAAUGACCACAAUAUAAUAUGAACUAAACUGAUCUGUAGAAUACAAUAUGGUUCUUUAUAGAACCCUCAGAAGACAAGAUGGUUAUCGGUGAAAACCUUUGAAAAGGGAUGUUUUUAGAACCCCCUGUGUCAGGUCUAGAUGAAACCCUUGAA